AUGACAGGAGAAAACAAGCGGAAGCGCGAAGAAGGGAGCGAGUGCGGCGAAAAUUCCCCAGAUACUACAGGUCAUGAGGUUAGACUCACUACAAAUGUCUCACAGCUCAAUGACUCCUCACCGGCUCCAGAUGUCGCUAUGAACGGCCCAAAUCAAGAUGCGCACCUCCGCAAAUCGAAGAAAAAGCGCGUUGAUGGGGAGAAGACCAAAUACCCCGACUUGACAUAUGUUGAGGGAAAACUUCAAUCGUCCAUCCGAAUCGCUGACCUGCAGGGGUUGCUCCUGUACUGCUUUGCAGAUGGCAUCGCUCCGCAGUGGAUCUCCGUUAAGCACUCUGGACACGUGCGCAAAGUAGUCGCCCUGAUGGUACCUGGGCUGGAGAUUGGUAUGUUUGAUGGUACGAUCCCGUUGCAGCCCAUCGAAGACAGCAAGCCGAAUCCCGAGCCAUCGAAUGAGACCGAAAAGACCGCCGCCGAGGAGAAGGCCGCCGACUUCGAGCGAUGGAAGCAGGGUCUGCCACUCGAAGAUCGAUCCAAUCGAUUCAAUCCUCGCCCUCUGUCGUCGAAUACACUUCCCGAACCUUUGCGCCCCAUGGCUCACAUGUUUCCCCACAUCUGGCCUGUCAAGGCCCCCGGUGACAGCAAAUACAACAAAGUGCAUUCACCUCUACAAGCAAUUCUUUCGUCUCAAGUACCAAAGGCCAAGGAUGACGGUGCCCGUGGCAAGGGUGCGCGCCCUGCCAGGGUCGAUAAGAGCUAUGUCGAGCAACGGACGCCCAUCACAGCUUUUAUCAGCACAUUGGAUCAACUCCGCGAGAACGACUACACCAUACACCCCGCCUUCUUGACCUCGGAGAAGGAGAGAGCCGCUGAGGCUGAGGCUCGACGACGUAAUAAACAGUCUGAGGAACAUGGAUGGGUGGAUUCUCUGGUACCCAGCCUUGAGGCUGGUGAUGUACCCGAUAAGGAGAUUGAAAAGGGCAGCAUGACUGCAGGUCGGGAUGUGCUCGCUCUGGAUUGUGAAAUGUGUCUGACAGAGGGAGGCAAGUCCGAACUGACCCGUAUCAGUAUGAUGCGCUGGGAUGGCGAGGUGGUGUUGGACGAAUUGGUAAAGCCGCCGCGCCCAGUAGUCGACUACCUUACCCGUUUCUCAGGCAUCACCAAGGAAAUGUUGGACCCGAUAACAACCACGCUCCCUGACAUUCAAAAGAAGCUUCUUUCUCUUUUAACUCCUCGUGCGGUCCUGGUUGGCCACUCUCUCAAUUCGGAUCUGACGGCUCUCCAACUCACCCAUCCUUUCAUUGUGGAUACUGGCAUCAUCUACCCGCACCCCCGCGGUCCUCCAUUGAAAUGCAGUCUGAAAUGGCUCACACAGAAAUACCUCAACAAGGCGAUCCAGCAGGGUACGACCGGUCACGACUCGGUUGAAGACGCCCGCGCUGUGCUGGACCUCGUGAAAUUGAAAUGCGAGAAGGGCGAGCGUUGGGGUACCAGCGAUGCGUCAAAUGAGAGUAUUUUCCGACGUCUCGCUCGUACCAAGCGUCCUCAUAAGACCUCCUCCGAGGAAGGACGAACUGGAGCAGUAGUGGAUUGGGGAAAUCCAGAACGCGGCUUCGGAGCCCAGGCAGCGGUUGCUAUUGGAUGCACCAAUGAUGAUGAUGUCGUGAAAGGAGUUUCCGCCGCUGUCAACGGCGAUCCCUCGAACCCAGCUGUCCCUGGUGGCGGUGUGGAUUUCACGUGGGCACGUCUUCGCAAUCUUGAGCAGUUCCGUGGCUGGGCCACACGCCUCCCAGAUGCAAACAAUGCCAAUGCAUCCACCGAGGUGACUGCCUUGCCCGAAGAAACCACGCCAACGACUAACGCUGAUGGUUCUACCCCCUCAUUUGAUCCUGCGCUCGUCGACUGCGUGUCUCAAACCGUCUCCAACAUCCAUCGCAUCUACGAAUCGCUCCCCCCAUGUACAUUGUUUGUAGUUUAUACGGGCACCGGCGAUCCUCGUGAGGUCAGCCGUCUCCAUACUAUGCACAAGCAGUAUCGUGAAGAGUUCAAAGGCUGCAAGCCAUGGGACGAGCUCACUGUGAAGUGGACUGAUACGGAAGAACAGGCUUUGAAGAAGGCAUGUGAGCAGGCUCGCGAAGGAUGCGGAUUUAUGUGUGUAAAGUAA